AGCAUGUCGACCACAGGGAAUCCCGAUUCUGACAACUCCAUUGUCCGCUCUGUCGAGCAGGACCACAACGGUGCGCCUGCCAAAGAUAGCAACAACGAUGUGGCCAGGGAUAUCAACACCUUAGAGCAUGCGCAAGAUUACAUGAAUGCUGAUCCCACGACUCAGAACGAUCCCAACCCGGACUCUGCCGAGAUCAACAGUGACAGUGUCUUGCGGGGUCCCAUUCACUUGUCACAUUCUUUCAGCAGAAGCUGUUCUCCAGUCGAGCAACAGAAUUACAGGACCUUUCGCUCCCCAAUCAAUGAUUCCCGUGGUUACUAUGCCAAUGCGCUUCGUCGUCGAGAGUUCGGCAGUGCUUCUCCUCCACGUUUACAACGACGCCGCAUUACCCUUCGUCUCGAAAAUCCUUCCCCACCACACCUCCCUGCGGCACUUCAUGAUGAUUCCUCCACUCGUGCCCAUGGAGCUUCCCCUAGACCUCAACUUGGUAGAGAUCAAAGCGAUGUGGAAUCCGACGAACAGUCACCUGCACGUUAUGUUCGACGAGAAGCAUCAUAUGUCGACUUCCAAUCGAGUCCUCGUCCACGUGCUGUAGCUGGUUACGGUGGUCGAAUUUUCCAACGUGAGUGCUUUGGUGGACGAAACCAAAAGGCUCAAUCAGACCCGUAUGUUGGGGUGGACACAAACAUGGAACCGUUUGAUGAUGAGAGCAAUGUGCACAACGAGUCGAUUGGUGGGCACAAGACAUUUUCCUCUCCGUCUGAGUUGGCACUAGAGUUUUAUCGUUCAGGAUCUCAAGGCCCUCAUACUCGUGGCCUAGGAAACUAUGACAAUGGUGUAAGCCAAGGCCGCCAGGGAGAAGCAACGCAAUUCUACCAUCCAGCUCAGAACAAGCAGGGAGGUUUGGAUGGGUGUCAAGCGAUUCAGUUUAAUAGAUUCCGUCGACCAAGUGGGUAUCGUGAGGGCUCUGGCAAUCGCAAAUCAAAUCAGUCUGAUGGAUCCAGUCGACCACGACAGUCUCUUACAAACGACGCAGAUGAAUUCAAAGAUGAUCGUCCUCGUGCUUCAACAUCUGCAGCUGCAGGUAAGAAGCGAAAGGCCGUGGAUGUGUUCGAAGACGGCGGUCAUUUCAAUCAACCUGGAGCAGGUCUUGCCCCUUCACGGUAUUCUGGAGACCCAUCUGUCAACUGGGGCCUAAAUCAAGAUCCUCCCUCAGUUCCCCAAAUAGCUGUAUCAGAUGCAGCUCUGCUAAAACGUGGUCUCACUCGUGGAGCGAAGGAGAAGGUCUGUAAGCGUGGUUACGGAGCCAACGAUCCUGAGAAUGUCAACAUUGUGAAUAUGAAGGAGGAUGGCAUGUCUUUUGCCGAGAUUGUCGAAGCACUCAAUGAGACACGGGUAGCCAAUGGCCAUGCCCCAUCUCUCAGCGUCUGCGGUGUCACCAGUAGAUACAACCGUACUGCACCGCUGCUCUUCGCUGCCGAAGGAAAGCAGUUCAUUCCCCUAUCAAAGAGAGGCAAGGGCCAGGUUCUUGGUGACGGACCUCUGUACGAAAAGCCUGUCUGGAACGAUCAGCUCGAUCUUGUUCUUGCACAAGUUGUUAAGGAUAUUGACAAGGACAAAUGGGCGAGAGUGGCAAUGGAGUAUAAUCGCCGCACUGGCAAGAAUAUCUCUGCCCAAAGCGCUGCUCUGCGUCACACCAUUCUAUGAUCGACUUAGCUCACCAUCCACUGCUUUCGGUUUCCAGCCUUCCGUCCUAUUCAGUUCCGUGGCGCCACUUUACAUCGACUGUAUAAACUCGACUAUCAGUGCCUGGAAUUCGAUUUCUCAUUGCGUUUCUUUCAACAACACAGCAUCAUAUAAUCUGAGAGACGAGAGUUUUGUGUUUCCAUCCCAACAAAACUUUCCUUCUCGACACAACGAGUUGUUAGCUGCUCGAGGCGUGUCAUCACGUCGAAGGCGGAUUCUCAAACUACCAUUACCACAUUCUCUCACUUCCACUGAUCGCCCGGACUCUCUGUCACUGCCAGCUCUCGGGUUCUUUUUCAGUCUGUGAACCGCAGCACGGUGAAGCGAGAAGCCCACCAGAAGAACUCCAUCACACGACAAUGAAUUCAAUUACCAUAGAGCAGGAUGGCCGGAGGUAAGAAAUUUACAUUGAUUGGAACAUUGAUGAAAAACUGUUAGGGUUUUCAGCUGUCUUUCAUUGUGCAUAUCCCAUUGUCACAAACAUUCCACAUGAAGAUCAUCAAGCGGGGAUUACCUUUUUUGAUGUAGACAUGCGGAGCAUCUAGGACAGAAGCCAUGGAUGACUUUUGGAGGGGCAAACAUGUUCUUGCUCUGAUCUUCAUCAUUAUUCCUCUAGACAGCGUUGAGAAUUUUCAGCAUAGCGAGAAGUAAU